UCCCAAGAGCUGGGAUUGAAAGGUGUGUGCCACCACACCUGGUAAUCCUGGGGCUUGACCCAGGGCUUUGUGCACGCUUAGCACUCUACAGUUGAGUGACAUCCCCAGUCCCAGUUUCCCACACUCCUAUCUUUAAGGUAAGACUUGAAUUUCUUCCUUCCUCUGUCUUUGAUUUUCUUUUUCUUCUUUUCAAAUGACGAGGUGGGGGCUGGGGUGAAGGAUGACUGUAGGUGUCAUUCCUCAGGCUGUCCAGUGAACUCGGGGAUCGACCUGCCUGCUUCCUUACCCCCACCCCAUGGGUGCUGGGUAUCACACUUGGGCCUCUGCCUCCAUGGCAAGCACCUUACUGACUGAGCUAUUUCCAGCUCUUUUUGCACUCAGAAUCUAAAUUCUUCCAUUGUUGUAACUUACACAGUGUAAUUAAAAGCACGCUUGACAACCAAACCAGUGGUUUUCCUCAGAUUCGCUUUCUUGGUUAAACGCCUUUUAAAUCAGUUCUGAAAAUGGCAGCCGUCACUGGCAUCAGAUGGAGACUGUUCAUGGUUGUUCCAAUACUGAAAGGAAGCCAGAUGGGUUUCACAGGUCUUGUGUAUGAAGUUUAAUUCUUCCUUGAAUAAUUAGUUAUCCCCCAUUCUUCUAUAUUUUCUUUAAUUUUCCUACCAGGUAAAUGCAGUUCUCCGGUGGGUCAACGUUAGUCAUAAACUUAGAAUGGAGAUUUGCCUAGGUUAAAAGAUUGGGAAUUACAAUGAUCUGGACAAGAUAAAAAAAAAGUCCAUCUUAGCCUACUCUGCCAACGAGCCAGGAAGAAGAACUUUUGGAUGAAAUGACUACUGCUGAUGAAAAUGGGACUGAAAAAUUCACACAACAAACACUAAGCAGUCUUCGUUUGAGUGCUGUAAUAACAUUAGAUUGUAUAUACCUUUGGAGAAUUUUAGGAUUAACUUUAUGAUUGGGGACUGGUGAGCGGGCUCAGCAGGUGAGGGCAGCUGCCAUCAAGCCUGAGGACUCGGGUCUGACUCCUGGGACCCACAAGACGGAAGGAGAGGGUUAGCUGUCCAAGAUGUCCUCUGACUCAGUGAUGCUGCGGCCUAUGUGCACCCAGGAAAAACGGAGAGACACACAGAUUGAGGAAUGUGUGUCAUUUACUGUUCCUGGAGCUCCGUGGUGGUUUUUUUUAUAUAUAUAUUUUAUUUUUUUCCCCUAGCAAGCAUACACUCUACCCUAGCCAGGACUUCAAGCAGGUUUUGCUCUGCACAUGCUAAAUAAACAUGAAGUUAAAUUACUGAUGAAAAUAAUUUCCCAAUGUCUAAAUACCACUUAGAAAUAAGUGUCUAAAACUCACUUAGAAAUAAGUGAGUUUGAAAACGUUUUAUGUCAUCUGUCCUAUUCUUUGGCUUCAACACUUAUACCUUCAAAGGAUAUUUUACACACACACACACACACACACACACACACACACACACACACACACACCCAUCAAGCAAUGGAUCAAAUGUUGACAUUUCAGUCCACGGAAACUUAAUAGAGACAGCCGAACAGGAGUAAUGGGCAAGGAUUUUUGUCCAGUUUGUAUUUAUUCCUUUAUUAUUUCACUCCUAUUGGUUCUGUGGGACCAAGUCUCAGUAUGUAGUUCAGGCUGGCCUUGAUCUGGCGUCCAUCUGCCUCAGAGCCUCUCCAGGGCUGGCAUCACAAGCGUGCCCCGGGCUUGCUUUUCGAAGCAAACAUUUCCUUGACACAGGGCUAUGACUCAUCCCAACCCCCUGGAGGAACAGAGGCCCGGAUUGUUGGUUGUUUCCUCUCCGAAGCCCCAGUGAUAAAAUCCAAGCAGGCAGCCGGCGGGACUGCUAUAGCCGUCCGAUCAGGCCCUUCCCCGCCCGGCAGGAAGCGCGUCGCUGUCUCCAGCUGUGCCCAGAGCCAUCCCUCCACGGACAGCUGGUGGCCGGCGACACCUGUGACCGCCCCCGGAGGAGAGUGGAGCCGGCAGCUCGGCCUGCAGGGCGUCAGGAACCCAGGUGGAAGAAACUGAGAGUCAGUUAAACACUCAAAUAAGAAGGAAAACAUCUGUUGGCAUGGGAAAGUGAUUAUUUCCCCAGCUACUGAGUACAGCACAACUGGCCUGGCUGUUUUCAACUCUGUUUUCUUGUCAGAUUUUGUUCUUUCAGGAAACCUUACAGAAACCUCAACCAUCUGGAUCUGAGAAACUCACUUGGGGCUGACUGUGGCUUUUGAACAUCCAGGUGUUCUGCAGAUGUGAGAAUUUAUUCUGUAAUCACCAGCUGGAGUCCUAAGCAGAUGCAAGACUUGUGUUGUGGCCCUAGCCUCCUCGAGUGCAGAGGGUCACUUAUGUGCUAAGUGGCCCAAGAGUGGUGAUUGACAUUGAUAGCUGAAUGCUGCACCCAGCCAGUCAUCUUAUUAAGCUGUGACGAGAAGACAUCUUCAGGGGACCAAUCCAAUUUAGGGUGACACAUUUCCUGACUCUCUUGGAUUAGGAUUCCAGAUGGGGACCUUUUCUCUGUAAUUCUACCAUUCCUGUAGCCAUUAUUAACACCAGGGUUGUGGUUUUUUUUUUUUUUUUUUUUUGCCAACUAGAACCAUGCUCCUUGGUGGCUUUCUGCACUCAAGGUGAACAAAGAGAAGACUCUUAGAGAAAUCUGUGGUGGUGGCCCGUUAUCACUCGAUCAAGACAACAGGAGUCUCUGUGUGCCACCAUGGGCUGGCUUUUUCUAAAGGUUUUGCUGGUUGGCAUGACUUUCUCUGGAUUUCUCUACCCUCUCAUGGAUUUCUCCAUCAGUGGGAGAACAAGAGCCCCCCAACCAAACAUCGUGAUCAUUUUGGCUGAUGAUAUGGGAUGGGGUGACCUGGGAGCAAACUGGGCAGAAACAAAGGUCACCCCUAAUCUUGACAAGAUGGCUUCUGAAGGAAUGAGGUUUGUAGACUUCCACGCAGCCGCUUCCACCUGCUCUCCUUCGCGAGCCUCCCUGCUGACUGGCCGUCUGGGUCUACGUAACGGAGUCACGCACAACUUUGCCGUCACAUCUGUAGGGGGGCUGCCGCUCAACGAGACCACCUUGGCCGAGGUGCUGCAGCGGGCUGGUUAUGCCACUGCCGUGAUAGGCAAAUGGCAUCUUGGGCACCAUGGCCCUUAUCACCCCAAUUUUCGUGGUUUUGAUUACUACUUUGGAAUCCCAUACAGCCAUGACAUGGGCUGUACUGACACCCCCGGCUACAACCACCCUCCUUGUCCAGCAUGUCCCCAGAGCAAUGGCCUAUGGAGGAGCCCCGAGAGGGACUGUUACACAGAUGUGGCCCUUCCUCUCUACGAAAACCUCAACAUCGUGGAGCAGCCGGUGAAUCUGAGUGGCCUUGCGCGAAAGUAUGCAGAAAAGGCGGAGGAGUUCAUUGAGCAGGCAAGCACCAGUGGAAGACCCUUCCUGCUCUAUGUGGGCCUGGCGCACAUGCAUGUGCCUUUGUCUGCGACGCCACCGUUGGAAAACCCACGGAGCCAACGGCUGUACCACGCAAGUCUCCGCGAGAUGGACAGUCUGGUAGGGCGGAUCAAGGACAAGGUGGACCACGUGGCAAAAGAAAACACGCUCCUCUGGUUUACAGGUGACAACGGCCCAUGGGCUCAGAAGUGUGAGCUGGCAGGCAGCACGGGUCCCUUCUUUGGACUGUGGCAAACCCGCCAAGGCGGAAGUGCAGCCAAGCAGACCACCUGGGAAGGGGGCCAUCGUGUCCCAGCACUGGCUUACUGGCCUGGCAGAGUCCCAGCCAAUGUCACGAGCACUGCCUUGUUAAGCGUGCUGGACGUCUUCCCCACGGCGAUAGCCCUGGCAGGAGCCAGCUUGCCGCCAAACCGGAACUUCGACGGCCUUGAUGCCUCUGAGGUGCUCUUUGGCAGGUCACAGGCGGGGCACAGGGUCCUAUUCCAUCCCAAUAGUGGGGCCGCUGGAGAGUAUGGAGCCCUGCAGACUGUUCGCCUGGACCAUCACAAGGCCUUCUACAUUACUGGCGGAGCCAAAGCGUGUGACGGGAGCACGGGUCCUGAGCAGCACCACGCGUCCCCUCUCAUUUUCAACCUAGAAGAUGAUGCCGCAGAAGCUGUGCCUCUACAGAGAGGGAGCCCCGAGUACCAGGUGGUGCUGCCGAAGGUCACCAGGGUUCUUGCCGAUGUCCUUCUUGACAUUGCUCAUGACAACAGCUCCCAGGCGGACUACACUCAGGAUCCCUCAGUGACCCCCUGCUGUGACCCCUACCAAAUUGCCUGCCGCUGCCAAACCGUGUGACGGGUCGUUCUUUUUCCCGUGAGAAAGGUGAUCUGGAAAUUGCAGACAGGUUAGGUUCACUUCCAAACUUCAUUUUGGACGUGGAUGUCUACUUUGGGAAGGAAGUUGCAGAAUCUGGUUUGGAAGCUGUCACUUCCCCUCUCCCUGUGUAGACUGCGCCCCCCCCCCCUCCACAGGCAGGUUUGAGAAGCAUCAAGCGCUGAUACAGUGGGCAUGGCAUGAUUGAGUACUAGUGGGCUAUGGAGUCACGGCACAGGUCCAAGUCCUAGGUUUUAAGCUUGGGCAAUGACUUAAUUUUAAGUUGAUUUUGAAGGUUAACGUGACAUAUGGAGUCACCUGUGCAUCCCCAGCACCAAGCAGAUCCCAAAGCAGGUCCUUAAUGUUUUAGUUUCUGUCUUGUGUCCCCAGUUUCACUGGUCACUGUGAAACAUACCAUUCACAAACUCAUUCUGGCUGGUAUGUAGAGCUUGGCCAUCUUCAAUACACAUACAGAUCACCAGGGAAUCUUGCAAAAUGCAGAAUCUGGCUCAGGAGAUGUAGAGGAGGGUCUGGGAGACUACACCAUUGCUGGGUUCCUUUGAGAUGCCUUGAGCAGCGCAGGGCUAAACCAAAGUUAGGUCUUCCCAGGCCUUGGAGCAGAAGAACUCAUGGUCCUUCUCUCAUGUAAAUGUUACAUGGCUAUACUAUAAAGAUUCAGGGGUUUGGGGCUGAAGAAAUGGCCCAUCCGUUAAGAGCAUUGGAUCUGGGGUCAGUUUCCAACACCUACAUGGUGGCUUAAACUGUGUAUAACACUAGGUCUAGGGGACCCACCACUCUCCCCUGGCCUCUGAGGAUGCCAGACAUUCACGUGGUACACAUACAUACAUACAUACAUACAUACAUACAUACAUACAUACAUGUAGGCAACACUUUUAAAAUAACAUUUAAGAUUUCUUCCCAGCCCCUAAAACUUCCAAGAAAUAAAACAAACAAACAAAAAAAUGUAAAUAACUCACAAAUGCAUUGCCAUGAUUUUAUUUAAUUAGUGUCCUGAAUGGGACUCAAGGGUAAUAAACGAUUUAUUCCAAUCACUGCAAAAA